CCGGGCCGGCAUCACCGCGGCGUCUCUCCGCUAGAGGAGGGGACAAGCCAGUUCUCCUUUGCAGCAAAAAAUUACAUGUAUAUAUUAUUAAGAUAAUAUAUACAUCGGAUUUUAUUUUUUUAAAAAGUUUAUUUUGCUCCAUUUUUGAAAAAGAGCUUGGGCGGCGAGCGGUUUUUUUUUUUUAAUCAAUUAUCCUUAUUUUCUGUUAUUUGUCCCCGUCCCUCCCCACCCCCUGCUGAAGCAAGAAUAAGGGCAGGGACCGCGGCUCCUACCUAUUGGUGAUCCCCUUCCCCAUUCCGCCCCCGCCCCAAAGCCCAGCACAGUGCCCUGCACACAGUAGUCGCUCAAUAAAUGUUCGUGGAUGAUGAUGAUGAUGAUGAUGAAAAAAAUGCAGCAUCAACGGCAGCAGCAAGCGGACCACGCGAACGAGGCAAACUAUGCAAGAGGCACCAGACUCCCUCUUUCUGGUGAAGGACCAACUUCUCAGCCGAAUAGCUCCAAGCAAACUGUCCUGUCUUGGCAAGCUGCAAUCGAUGCUGCUAGACAGGCCAAGGCUGCCCAAACUAUGAGCACCUCUGCACCCCGACCUGUAGGAUCUCUCUCCCAAAGAAAACGUCAGCAAUACGCCAAGAGCAAAAAACAGGGUAACUCGUCCAACAGCCGACCUGCCCGCGCCCUUUUCUGUUUAUCACUCAAUAACCCCAUCCGAAGAGCCUGCAUUAGUAUAGUGGAAUGGAAACCAUUUGACAUAUUUAUAUUAUUGGCUAUUUUUGCCAAUUGUGUGGCCUUAGCUAUUUACAUCCCAUUCCCUGAAGAUGAUUCUAAUUCAACAAAUCAUAACUUGGAAAAAGUAGAAUAUGCCUUCCUGAUUAUUUUUACAGUCGAGACAUUUUUGAAGAUUAUAGCGUAUGGAUUAUUGCUACAUCCUAAUGCUUAUGUUAGGAAUGGAUGGAAUUUACUGGAUUUUGUUAUAGUAAUAGUAGGAUUGUUUAGUGUAAUUUUGGAACAAUUAACCAAAGAAACAGAAGGCGGGAACCACUCUAGCGGCAAGUCUGGAGGCUUUGAUGUCAAAGCCCUCCGUGCCUUUCGAGUGUUGCGACCACUUCGACUAGUGUCAGGAGUGCCCAGUUUACAAGUUGUCCUGAACUCCAUUAUAAAAGCCAUGGUUCCCCUCCUUCACAUAGCUCUUUUGGUAUUAUUUGUAAUCAUAAUCUAUGCUAUUAUAGGAUUGGAACUUUUUAUUGGAAAAAUGCACAAAACAUGUUUUUUUGCUGACUCAGAUAUCGUAGCUGAAGAGGACCCAGCUCCAUGUGCGUUCUCAGGGAACGGACGCCAGUGUACCGCCAAUGGCACGGAAUGUAGGAGUGGCUGGGUCGGCCCAAACGGAGGCAUCACCAACUUUGAUAACUUUGCCUUUGCUAUGCUCACUGUGUUUCAGUGCAUCACCAUGGAGGGCUGGACAGAUGUGCUCUACUGGAUGAAUGAUGCUAUGGGAUUUGAAUUGCCCUGGGUGUAUUUUGUCAGUCUCGUCAUCUUUGGGUCAUUUUUCGUACUAAAUCUUGUACUUGGUGUAUUGAGCGGAGAAUUCUCAAAGGAAAGAGAGAAGGCAAAAGCACGGGGAGAUUUCCAGAAGCUCCGGGAGAAGCAGCAGCUGGAGGAGGAUCUAAAGGGCUACUUGGAUUGGAUCACCCAAGCUGAGGACAUCGAUCCCGAGAACGAGGAAGAAGGAGGAGAGGAAGGCAAACGAAAUACUAGCAUGCCCACCAGUGAGACUGAGUCUGUGAACACAGAGAACGUCAGCGGCGAAGGCGAGACCCGAGGCUGCUGUGGAAGUCUCUGGUGCUGGUGGAGACGGAGAGGCGCGGCCAAGGCGGGGCCCUCUGGGUGUCGGCGGUGGGGUCAAGCCAUCUCAAAAUCCAAACUCAGCCGACGCUGGCGUCGCUGGAACCGAUUCAAUCGCAGAAGAUGUAGGGCCGCCGUGAAGUCUGUCACGUUUUACUGGCUGGUUAUCGUCCUGGUGUUUCUGAACACCUUAACCAUUUCCUCCGAGCACUACAAUCAACCGGAUUGGUUGACACAGAUUCAAGAUAUUGCCAACAAAGUCCUCUUGGCUCUGUUCACCUGCGAGAUGCUGGUAAAAAUGUACAGCUUGGGCCUCCAAGCAUAUUUCGUCUCUCUUUUCAACCGGUUUGAUUGCUUCGUGGUGUGUGGUGGAAUCACUGAGACGAUCUUGGUGGAACUGGAAAUCAUGUCUCCCCUGGGGAUCUCUGUGUUUCGGUGUGUGCGCCUCUUAAGAAUCUUCAAAGUGACCAGGCACUGGACUUCUCUGAGCAACUUAGUGGCAUCCUUGUUAAACUCCAUGAAGUCCAUCGCUUCGCUGUUGCUUCUGCUUUUUCUCUUCAUUAUCAUCUUUUCCUUGCUUGGGAUGCAGCUGUUUGGCGGCAAGUUUAAUUUUGAUGAAACGCAAACCAAGCGGAGCACCUUUGACAAUUUCCCUCAAGCACUUCUCACAGUGUUCCAGAUCCUGACAGGCGAAGACUGGAACGCUGUGAUGUACGAUGGCAUCAUGGCUUACGGGGGCCCGUCCUCUUCAGGAAUGAUCGUCUGCAUCUACUUCAUCAUCCUCUUCAUUUGUGGUAACUAUAUUCUACUGAAUGUCUUCUUGGCCAUCGCUGUAGACAAUUUGGCUGAUGCUGAAAGUUUGAACACUGCUCAGAAAGAAGAAGCAGAAGAAAAGGAGAGGAAAAAGAUUGCCAGAAAAGAGAGCCUAGAAAAUAAAAAGAACAACAAACCAGAAGUCAACCAGGUGGCCAACAGUGACAACAAGGUUACAAUCGAUGACUAUAGAGAAGAGGAUGAAGACAAGGACCCCUACCCACCUUGCGAUGUGCCAGUAGGGGAAGAGGAAGAGGAAGAGGAGGAGGAUGAACCUGAGGUUCCUGCCGGACCCCGUCCUCGAAGGAUCUCGGAGUUGAACAUGAAGGAAAAAAUUGCCCCCAUCCCUGAAGGGAGCGCUUUCUUCAUUCUUAGCAAGACCAACCCGAUCCGCGUGGGCUGCCACAAGCUCAUCAACCACCACGUCUUCACCAACCUCAUCCUCGUCUUCAUCAUGCUGAGCAGCGCCGCUCUGGCCGCAGAGGACCCCAUCCGCAGCCACUCCUUCCGGAACACAAUACUGGGUUACUUUGACUAUGCCUUCACAGCCAUCUUUACUGUUGAGAUCCUGCUGAAGAUGACAACUUUUGGAGCUUUCCUCCACAAAGGGGCCUUCUGCAGGAACUACUUCAAUUUGCUGGAUAUGCUGGUGGUUGGGGUGUCUCUGGUGUCAUUUGGGAUUCAAUCCAGUGCCAUCUCUGUUGUGAAGAUUCUGAGAGUCUUAAGGGUCCUGAGGCCCCUCAGGGCCAUCAACAGAGCAAAAGGACUUAAGCACGUGGUCCAGUGCGUCUUCGUGGCCAUCCGGACCAUCGGCAACAUCAUGAUCGUCACCACCCUCCUCCAGUUCAUGUUUGCCUGUAUCGGGGUCCAGUUGUUCAAGGGGAAGUUCUAUCGCUGUACGGAUGAAGCCAAAAGUAACCCUGAAGAAUGCAGGGGACUUUUCAUCCUCUACAAGGAUGGGGAUGUUGACAGUCCUGUGGUCCGUGAGCGGAUCUGGCAGAACAGUGAUUUCAACUUCGACAACGUCCUCUCUGCUAUGAUGGCACUCUUCACGGUCUCCACGUUUGAGGGCUGGCCUGCGUUGCUAUAUAAAGCCAUCGACUCGAAUGGAGAGAACAUCGGCCCAAUCUACAACCACCGCGUGGAGAUUUCCAUCUUCUUCAUCAUCUACAUCAUCAUUGUAGCUUUCUUCAUGAUGAACAUCUUUGUGGGCUUUGUCAUCGUUACAUUUCAGGAGCAAGGAGAAAAAGAGUAUAAGAACUGUGAGCUGGACAAAAAUCAGCGUCAGUGUGUUGAAUACGCCUUGAAAGCACGUCCCUUGCGGAGAUACAUCCCCAAAAACCCCUACCAGUACAAGUUCUGGUACGUGGUGAACUCUUCGCCUUUCGAAUACAUGAUGUUUGUCCUCAUCAUGCUCAACACACUCUGCUUGGCCAUGCAGCACUACGAGCAGUCCAAGAUGUUCAAUGACGCCAUGGACAUCCUGAACAUGGUCUUCACCGGGGUGUUCACCGUCGAGAUGGUUUUGAAAGUCAUCGCCUUUAAGCCUAAGGGGUAUUUUAGUGACGCCUGGAACACGUUUGACUCCCUCAUCGUAAUCGGCAGCAUUAUAGACGUGGCCCUCAGCGAAGCAGACCACUAUUUCACUGAUGCAUGGAACACUUUUGAUGCCUUAAUUGUUGUUGGUAGCGUCGUUGAUAUUGCUAUAACUGAAGUAAAUCCAACUGAAAGUGAAAAUGUCCCUGUCCCAACUGCUACACCUGGGAACUCUGAAGAGAGCAAUAGAAUCUCCAUCACCUUUUUCCGUCUUUUCCGAGUGAUGCGAUUGGUGAAGCUUCUCAGCAGGGGGGAAGGCAUCCGGACAUUGCUGUGGACUUUUAUUAAGUCCUUUCAGGCACUCCCGUAUGUGGCCCUCCUCAUAGCCAUGCUGUUCUUCAUCUAUGCGGUCAUUGGCAUGCAGAUGUUUGGGAAAGUUGCCAUGAGAGAUAACAACCAGAUCAAUAGGAACAAUAACUUCCAGACGUUUCCCCAGGCGGUGCUGCUGCUCUUCAGGUGUGCGACAGGUGAGGCCUGGCAGGAGAUCAUGCUGGCCUGCCUCCCAGGGAAGCUCUGUGACCCUGAGUCAGAUUACAACCCCGGGGAGGAGUAUACAUGUGGGAGCAACUUUGCCAUUGUCUAUUUCAUCAGUUUUUACAUGCUCUGUGCGUUUCUGAUCAUCAAUCUGUUUGUGGCUGUCAUCAUGGAUAAUUUCGACUAUCUGACCCGGGACUGGUCUAUUUUGGGGCCUCACCAUUUAGAUGAAUUCAAAAGAAUAUGGUCAGAAUAUGACCCUGAGGCAAAGGGAAGGAUAAAACACCUUGACGUGGUCACUCUGCUUCGACGCAUCCAGCCUCCCCUGGGGUUUGGGAAGUUAUGCCCACACAGAGUAGCGUGCAAGAGAUUAGUUGCCAUGAACAUGCCUCUCAACAGUGACGGGACAGUCAUGUUUAAUGCAACCCUAUUUGCUUUGGUUCGAACAGCUCUUAAGAUCAAGACUGAAGGGAACCUGGAGCAAGCUAAUGAAGAACUUCGGGCUGUGAUAAAGAAAAUUUGGAAGAAAACCAGCAUGAAAUUACUUGACCAAGUUGUCCCUCCAGCUGGUGAUGAUGAGGUAACCGUGGGGAAGUUCUAUGCCACUUUCCUGAUACAGGACUACUUUAGGAAAUUCAAGAAACGGAAAGAACAAGGACUGGUGGGAAAGUACCCUGCGAAGAACACCACAAUUGCCCUACAGAUGCUUGAACGGAUGCUUUAGAAUUUUCUGCCUGAGCUACGGCACCAAGCUGGUUAGUCGGAAGGCGUUUGUGGCUAAGGCCUUGAAAGGGAAAAGUCUCAAGUGGGCUUAUUUCUACUGAAACAGCAUUUCGGAAGAAAUGCAGGAAAAAGCAGACCCAAGGCCCCAGGGAGACCCCUUCCAAGCAAAGCACUCCUCCGGAAGGUGGAAGCGGGGCCGUGGCUCAUCUGCGGAGCCAGGGCUGCCUGUCGCGGACGUUGCUCACGGUGGUUCUUUUUCGUGAAAGGGAUCGUACAAGUCUUAACAGUUUUCCCUUCCAAGCAGAGACUCAGAGAAAGGGAAAGAGUGAGAGAGAGCAAAGGAGGGGGGCAGCUGCCCCACAGAGAAAUGAAAUGAACACAACUUCCUGAUGCUGGCCAGUAAAACAAAAAAAUAAAAAUAAAAAUAAAAAGAUUAAGCAGACCUGCCUAAGGUGGGCAUCUGACUCCAUUCCAAAGUCCUGCAUCCCUAGUUUGCCCGAACUCCCAAAGACUGGCAGGCCCCUCGGCGCUGAGCUGACAGAGUUCCUUUUGUAUACCAGUCCACCAUGACCUCCUGAGCGUCCGGCCCUGCUCUCUGCAGUGACCCAGUCCAGAAUGCAGUGAGAAGUGGACAGGCCAGGAAGCUCAGAUACACCCAUUGAAACUAACACAUACACCCCGCAUGCCAAACUCAAUCCAGGCAACACCUCAGGUUCCAUCUUAACGUGUCCACAGGAAACACCACCACACCCAAACCUCAUCUAACAUUGUCCGUCUUUAAUUCGUGGUCAGAGCCAGUCUGGGGAUGCCUCUUUGGAAGCAGUGUGGUCUAGUUUCAAGGACACUGGGAGUCAGGGAACCUGGGUUCUAGUCCCAGUUUCAGCUUUCACUUGCUGCGUGACCUUGGGCAAGACACUUAACCUCUCUGUGCCUCAGUUUCCCCCAUCUGUAAAAUGGGGUUAAUAAUGUCGACCUACCUCACAGGGCUGUUGUGAGGAAUAGCUAAGUGAUUGUAAAGCACUUUGAACGUAUAAUUGCUUAUUAUUAAGACUACAACAAUAAUAAUAUCAUAUGCCUGUUUACUACCAGAACUUUAAGAAAGUCUUGUUUUCCUUUGAUCUCUUUUCUGUUCUGUACCAUACUUACCCAUUGAGAAGGAGAACUCCCCCCUUUUAAAGAUAUCUAGGCAGUGCACAAAGAUGUCAACAAAGGUAACUCUGCAGGUUGCAUUUUCACAUCUUAAGAAUAGCAGAUUUUUGCCCAAGGUGUUGGUUGAUGAGGGUGUCUGGUCUGGAAUUCUCAGCUGAUUCCAAAUGGUGGUUGGAGUCUGUACAUCUGACGCUGAGCCCAAGACACCCCAAGUGGCCAGUUGGGAUUUUAAGAUCAACAUUCAAAAGUAGCCAUAGUGCAGAGGUCAUGCAGAAGAAUCUAAAAAAAUUGAAGUCUCUGAAGUGUGUAGAGAAAAGAAGGGCUUAUGAGCCCCUUUAACCUGCCCUGAUAUGUACAGGCUGGAAGCUGUGUGUGUGUGCGAGUGCGUGUGUAUGCAUGUGGGGCCUGCGGAGACAGGGGAAGAGAGAGACAGCAGAUUCGGGGGGGACCCUAUUCCUGUAGAAGUGGACACUCUUCCAAGCAUCCUGGGAGGGCAAGAGUCCCAAAGGCUAGGCAGAGGGUGAGAGCAAUGUCCCCAGUGGGAAGUAUGCUUUCUGCAAGCUUGUCCUAGGCGUGACUGACAGGGUCAAUCCCAGCCUCAGGAUCUUUUCCAGUGAUGUCUUUUGUGCCUAUGACAUUUGCCCUUGGCUGCAGUGCUCACUGUACCAAGAGGUCUGACCUACCUGGACUUCAGUGGACCUGCUGUCCUCAUUAUGGAAAUGGGUCUAGCUCCCGACUCUGCCCCCAUGUGUGUAAGUGUGCAGACUAGUUAACAUCCAGGAGCUCACAUUAGGUGGUGUGGGUUCUCACAGCACAGUCCAUAGGGCCCGAGGGCAGGUUUGACUGCUUCAUGCUGCACCACAUGGUGAUGUAGGGGAUGGGGUGGAAAGCCAGGAACACUCCAGUGUGGCCAGGCCACUUGUCAAGAUGUCGAAGCACAGCUGCACCUGGUAUCAACAGCUGUCACCCUAGCACCUGAGUCUCCUUCCCCACUGCCAGCAGCCCCACCCCUCCUGAGACUGCUCUGUGACUCAGCAACUACAGGUCUAGAGCCUGACAUUGCAGGGAGCCUCCAGGACCCUGCUGUGGUCCAAAGGCCCACUUCUGCUCUGAUUGGGCAGCGCCUGGGUAUAUUAAGUUAUAAGAAUUUAUGAGGAAUGUGAUGUAUCAUCCCUGAAAGGGAAGCUGGUCCACCCUGUGGGUGCUGGUGAGAAGCUGAUCUGCCCUCAGACAGACAGUCCCUCUGUCUUUGACCCACCCGAUGUUGAGUUGAUUCAGUGCUGAAGGAUGGCAUGUGCCUACCGCCUGUAUGUGUCACCCUGUCUCAGAGGGCCAGUGUGACCCACCUUCUAGGUCCAAGAUUCCAUACACUCAGGCCUCGGCAGAAAGGCCCCAAGUGAUUCAAGUGGGCGGCGUUUCCACGUGCCUUCUCCACGCUCUUCAAAUAAGUAAAAACUGACAAGUGACCACUUUCUAGAUGGGAGUUAGGGAGUGAUGUAAAUGGAACAAGAGCAUUUUCUCUACUUGGGCCUGGCUGUUUUGCUGGGGAACGGCAUUGGCUAAGGUUGGUAGCAAGGCCGGCUUAGAAAAGACAGCCAGGAAUCAGGAAGGCCGCUUCCAGCUUCAACUCAAAAGGGAAAGAAGGCUUCCUGAAACUUGAUUGGCAUCAAACGGCAGAGACACCUCUGUCAUUUCUCUUAAAGCCUUGGCAGAGAAGUGUAGCUUCUAGUGUAGAGAAAGUUGUGAGAGACGACUCAAGUUCAUUAUUUAGAAUCUUCACAGACACACACAGCAAACUUGACACCCCCAACACCAGCAUCCAUAGGCUAAACUCUUCAGCUCCUGGAUAGAAGAUGAGAGGCAGGCCAGUAUACAUCCUAGGGAAGCAAAGGUAAGAUUGGACAUCAGGCUCUUCUCGACUAGCUUACAUGUGGAACAACCCAAUUAAAAAUUAAUCCACUGGACUAUUGGGUACUACAUUCUAUACUCUUUCAGAAAGUGAGGAGAUCUCGCUUCUUUGAAAAUAAUAAUUAUGUUCAGAAGUCUUUGAGAAGAAAGAGUUGCUGAAAAGAAGUGAAGUGAUGUGACAUAGUAGUAAAAGGUGGUAAUUAUCGUGGCUUGUUAUUUAGUACCAUGCACCUAGUGUCCUCUGGCAGCCCAGUUGUGUCAUGAUUAGAUGAUCUGUGUGAAGGAGCUGGCUAAGACUUAAUAACAGUUCCAGGGUGGGUAGAAACCCAGGUGAGUUCAUUCUCCUUGGCACCUCUUAGACCUAAGGGACACAGCUGUUUGGGAACUUGGAAGGGCACAUCAUUCUAAAGCAUGCUGAAGGCAACCCAUUGAGAAGUCCCAAAGGUUGGCUCAGAGAAGCCAUAGGAAGGCCAUUUCUUCCAAGAAUGGAGAAAGGUCCACAGAAUAGCGGGAAUCCUAGAUGGGGUAAAAAGUCUGCAUCUGAAGAAACAGUAGUAGUGCCUGUUGGAGGAUACAUUGGUCAGCAGUUAUCAAACUUUUUGGUCUUUGGACCCUUUUGUACUCUACAUUAUUGAAGACCCUUGUGUGUCAAUAUUUACUGUCUUAGAAAUUAAAACUAAGCAGUUUUUAAAACAAGAAUAUGCAAGCACAAAGACGCCAGGGUGAUGACAUCACACAUCAGGCAGCCUUUGAAAACCUCACUGUGCUCUCAUGAGAGGAUGAGAGUGUUCAAGGCAAAGAACAUCCUUAUAUUAUGCAAAUCACAGUGACCUCAUGGACCCCUGACAGUGUCUUGGGAUGCCCCAAGGUCCCUGGAACACACCUGGGAACUGCUGCUUUGGGGGAAUGCUACCAGGUUCCCCUAAAGGCAGACGGUGCUGGAGCCUUUUAAUCAUCUCCCUUGUUAAAGAGGCUCCUGUGCAGCGGCACUGCCCUAACUGGAACCGGUCUCCCCCUCCAGCCCCUUCCCAGUCUCAGCCCACUCCCCCAAGGCAUGGAGCUGCUAUGCCCUCAUUCGUCUAGCGUGGCCGAGUCUUGCUGCCUGUGCUGAUCUGCAGGUGUGAUGGUCUGAGUCAGGGCAGGAUGGAAAGUGGUUUUAAAAGUCAACUCCCCUAAGUGCACAAUUGGGACCAAGGAUGUGUGCCAAACAGGAUCCGUUUCAGGGAUAGCUUGUGAUCAUUUGUCGUCUCCAUGCUGACUUAGGAAUAUAAGAGCUCUGCUAGGGUAGUCAAAAGAGGGUUAGCCUUGAUCAGGUGGCACCCCACAGUCGUGACGAUAGGUGAGUAAGUGUGUGAUUCAGACUCCAAUCCAGGACUCUUUCCCAGUAGGUGCAGUGACUUUGCCUGGGUGGUGGUCGAGGUGGAGAGUUUGGGAGAGGUGAGGCAGCCCAGUGUCACAGGAAGAACAGGCUUAGAGGCCAAGAGUCCUCAUUGAGCCUUUGACUCAUUUGGGCACAUAAUUUAACCACAUGGGAAUAACCUUUGCUCUCCCUUCCUCCCGGAAUCUAGUGGAAUAUUCGUAUGUAACCUCACAAUGACUGGUAUAAAGAUGCUAUCAGAAUAGAAGUUGUGAUUUACAGCUUCUGCUAAGCCUGAAUUUUACAGAAUGCUCUAUUAUCAGGAAACUGGCAAGACUUUCUGAUUCGGUUGUUAAAAUUACAACAGAAUCAGAUUCUUGAUUGCACCAAGAAUCAAGGUGGAACUGAAACAGAGAGCUCUCACAUUGUGUGCAGGCAAAGGUCAUAUUUUGGGUAAUUUCUUUAAAGUUUCCUUUAUCUUUCCAAGUGAUGGGAAUAGUGGAACCCCUAUGGGAGCUUGUGGGGGUCAUGUUACCCCUGACUUUUCAGUGAGGGAAUCACUGUGGAUUACUAACAGAGUGCCAGGAUUCCAACCCUUUAUAUCUGACACAAGGACCAUUCACAAGGGACACAAAAGCCACCAUCACAUUUUCCCUGGAGGAGAGUGGUGUUAAAAUAAGGGGUGUGCAUGUGUGAUGUGCUGAGGAGGUGGACAGCAGCUUGCAGAUGAGCAGGUUUAUUCCAUAAGAACUUAAUCUCAUUCUGUUUUCUAAUGGAACUAGUCUAAAAAGGUCCCCUCUCAUUGGGUAUAGACUGACUCCUGCUAAAGGGUUAACCAGAACUUGUCACCAGCGAGAUGACUGUGUACAGGGCCAGCCUAGGCUGAGUGCAGCCUGCCUGUGAUGGGGAACAGGCUCUGCCAGGCAGGGUUCUUUGGCUGGAGUCUGAAAGCCUGGCGCUUGUAUCCUGAAGAUGAAUGGCCUGGCCCGGUCCCGACUAGAGACGUGCAUCUCUUAUCUCCACUGCUACAGCGUAGGUCCAGGACAGGGCUGCAGGCACUUGUGCAUGCUUGCUGUGGCGCUGUGAGAGCUGCAGAUGGCUGGUGUGUCUGAUAGAGCUAGCUUAGGGACACAGGCAGCAAAAGCAUUGCAAAUGCAUCUAGGCAGGAGAAACUUAACCCUAAAAGUGGGCAGGAGAAAGGAAGGUAAAUGGGUGUUCAUAUUUGAUGUCAAAAUAUCAUCAUGUUAUGCUAUUCGGAAGUGUUUAGAGACAUUUUAGUUUUUUUGGUAACUUAAUCAUUCAAUAGAGUAUCUAUGAAAUUCCAACUAAAUGGUGUCUAAAAUUUUAAGCAGCAGUCUACAGGCAAAGCGCCAACAUUUCUUUUUAAAAAAAUAUUUAUGAUAACAUCUAGCAUUUUAAAAUCAACCAGAAACUAGUCUUGAUUCUGUUUAAUAUUUUAUAAGAUUGGACAUCUUAAAAUAAGUCAAUAAUGUUUAUAUUUUAUAGCAAUUCUGUGUUUCUUCAAAACCAUAUUCCUGCUGUGAUGUUAAUGGAAUGACUUUAUAUGGCUUUAAUUGUGUUGGUUUAGUGCUAAUGACCACUUUUCAAAUUAAAAUAGUAUUUUGCUGAUAGAGGUAGACACAGAUAUGAAAUAUGAAAGAAUAGAUAAUUUUACUGAUUGUAAAGUGUUUAUCCCAAGGAAAAAAAAUGUUCUUUUUUUUAGGGCUGUGGAAAAGUAAUUUUUUCAAGAGUCUAAGAUAGUUUUCUGUAUUUCUGGGGACUGGAACUUGUGCCUAUGGAAUUUUGGGAGCAGCCUAAGCUACCUUUUAGCUUGAUAUGUGUGCUAGAAAAACUUCAUUACCAUGUUUUGUGAUAUGUAAUAAAUUCAGGGUGCUGUGCUUAAGCUUCAUGUCACUUCUAGUUUGGGAACAUCUGUUUCCCUCACUCCCAGUUGUGGGGGACAGCCUGACCUGGCCCUCCCCAGAUGACAUGUGAAAAAGUAGAGUCAGUCCCUGACUCUUACGAGGUGUGUUUUUCCUUGCCUGGAACAAGCAGAAUAUAAUCAUGAUUUCUGACUCUGCUUCUGUGUCUGGGAAGAGCGAUGCUUUCUCUCCUCCUCUAAUGUCUCUUUAAUAAAUAUGUUGUCAUUAUUUGUCUUUGGAAGUGGCAACUUGGGCCACCUUUCAACCUUCUCCAUGAUUUAUGUUGCAAACAAAUUCUCUGUCCCAUGUCUGUUCAUUGCACUAUCUUGUCGACUGAAUCCUAAUCUUGUGUAUCACUGAAGAUGUGCUGGAGACAGUUUUUGUUUCUAUUAUGCAAUUAUGUUAUAUGUGUAUUUCAGUGAAAUGUCAACCCGUCAACAGAGGAUGAUGUUAAAAAUUAUCCAAAUAAAUAGUUUUCUAUUUCUUUUAAUCAGACCUAGUCCAAUCAGUUGAAUGACAGUAAAUAGGAUUAUAUGUUGUUUAAACUUGGGAGCAUUCCUGGCCUUUACUGCCUUGUAAUAUGGAUUAAUGUACCAAAUUUACUUGGGGGUGUUGACUUGAGUGCAUUAUAACCUAUGUUUAUUUUGUGGAAGCAGCAGCAAGUGUCUCAAACCUUGUCUUUUUGUUUGGGAGCCUUAGAUAUGUAACAGACUUUUCUUCCCAGUUGAUCCAAAAUCAGAAGUGAAACCCUUGCUUAGCUCAUCAUCCCUCAAUAAUUUACCCUAGGAAACUGAAUGAAUGAAAUGCAGGCUGUUGAGUACUGCUGGGUAUGACCUUUCUUCACAUUCCUGCAGCUGUGCUGUGUAAGAGCUUUUACCAACAUAACAUUGCAGUUACCUUCUUGAUGUUUCCAUGAGAAUGGCAGGUGGGUCCACCUCAGAACCAAAUGACCUCCCAGGCUCAGAUGUGCUGAAUUCAGGGAUCCUGAGAGAGGGAAAAGAGUGUGUGUGUGUGUGUGUGUGUGUGUGUGUGUGUGUGUGUGUGUGUGUGAAUGCAUGUACGUGUAUGCACAAGCAUACACACAUGCAUCCUGAGCCUGUGAUCAGAGGGACAGGAGAGCGAGAAGCAGCCUCACUGACCACCCCAAGAACUGUCUUGGUUUGAUGUGGGACAUGACUGUCUGUCCCCUAUAAGAUCUCAGCAUUCCUAGCCAGGAAGCUUAAAGCUUCCGUUCCCGGCUCUUCUUUCACCUUCAGAAUUCACUAAAUGGAAAGAUCUGCUGCUCUGUCUUCACAGAUUGGCUCAAAUCAAACCCAACCUGGCACCGUUUUUAGCAGAAUUGUCUCAAAGGCUGGGUGCUUUUAUGCACCAGGCUGUUUUUAUAAGGGCAUCUCAGGAAGUUCCUGUGUGACUUUACAUUCUAAAUUAACAUCACCAGCACUGGCAUUGGCAACUGCACAGGACCAGUUUUGAGCAUCCCCAGACCAGUGAGACCCAGCCCUGAUGGAUCUGGCCAGACUGCGGCCACCGUCCCCUCCUCCUCCCUGAAGCACUGCUGGGUAUCUCUUUUACCACGUGUAUGUCUCAGGGAUGGUCAUCAUGCCUCUCUGUCCUUGCCACAGCUGCCCACAUGCUACCAGGUGUUGUGGAGGAAGGACAGGGAAGCGGUCUCCUCCCCUGAGGACCCACCACUUAGCCCAGUUUUCCUUUACAAACCACCCUGAAGUUGAAGCAUUUGCUGCACAGUCAGUGUCUUAGCUGUUCUCUAGGCCUUUAUGGCUACGGAGCUGUAGGCAGACUGCCAGUGAGUGAGGAGGGGCUGCCUGGAUAUAGGACCCUAGACCCAGGGCAGAGAGGACAUGCCUUCUUCAGUUGCAGGUCUUUCGGUGGAAAAGGUUAAAGUUGCCAUGCAGUCCCUAUUAGUCUUUAACUCAGCAUACUGUUUUUCUUCAAAUUGGUGGUCAAAACAUAAUUCUCUCAGAGCUGGAGCAGACCCUUCCUCCAUGCACCGUGCAUAAGCAUCUUGGAAUGCUUCCCUAAUGAAGCUGUGAACAAUUGAAGGGCUUCUCCUGGGCCCUGUCCCAACAUAGCAGGGACCGCAGUGAGGAAGGCAGCUGUGAGGGCCCCAGGGGAGAUGCAGAGUGUCUGUGAGGGGCCCGGAGGGGUCUCCCCGUGGGGUCUUCUGGUGGGUCUUGCACUGUCUGCAAAGGCUGAUGAGCCACUUUCAGUUUGUUGUGAUCUUCAAAAAGCGGACCCCCUGUUGGUGAGUUCUCAGCCUGCACGCAGGCUACAGGCCAGGGUAUCCCGAUGACCAUGGUGGCCGGGUCUGUGUGCGUGUCAGUCUGCUCCGUCGUGGUCCGAGUGUGCUGGUGGUUGCAGUGUGUUGUGUCACUCACUCGUUCCAUGGCUUUUUAGCAGAACCAGUGGCCCGAGGGCUGAUUGGUCUGCCUGUGCCUCUGGCACCUACACCUAGGCUUCCUCAUCCUAGAUGCAGCCAGGAAGUCCAUAUCACCCUCCCUUUAGAUCGGCCAGGCUGUGCUCCUUGCCCUGCUCUGGGCUUGGAGAGAUUGGGCUCUUGUAGGUGAGCCUACUGAAGACUGUCAUUGAGACAGGGACAUAAGCUCUUGGCUUGGCAGACCCUAGCACUAGUAACCAGGCAGUGUUCCUUGGAAGUGGGGGUAUUUGCAAAGGAAGUUACUGGGUUGCAGGCCUCAGGCAUCCUACCUAGGACCUUCUUGACCAUCUGGAUGCCUGACCAUACCAGCAACCCUUAGACUGCCUUCAGUGACAUCAGUCAGUGCCCUGGAUUGGCUUUUGGGGAAGCCUUCCUCCCCACCGCUGAAUCAGGAAGGAGCAAAGCCAGGACCCAGGCUGGCCCCAGGGCCCAUGUGUGGUCUAACCUGUUCUGCCAUUUCCAUUGAUCUAGGCGGGAUUAAGGACACUGCAUGACAUUGGGCCAGAAAUCCGGCGUGCUAUAUCGUGUGAUUUGCAAGAUGACGAGCCUGAGGAAA